CUCGAUGAUUUUUGCGAGAAAACUAUAUAAUAGAGCAUUUCAGUUACGGACUCUAGUCACUGUCUCAUCACCAUGAAGACUGUUCCGGCACUGUUCCUCGUCCUCGUAGCGGUGGCUUCUGCGACCAAAACGCACCAAAAACGCUCCACCACCUAUUCGGCUACCCUGAACGACUAUGUCGACGAAGUGGUAGCAAAUGUGCAGGCCUUUGUCAGUGAAAGUAGUCUUGAGCCGCUGUCAAUUCCGAACGUCACGGAAUCCUUCUCCGUGAAACCACUAUUGAUCACCUAUAGUGGUCGUCUUUCGCUGUACGACGGAGAGAUGACUGGUUUGUCGUCAGUGAAACGUUACGGCGACGUAAACCUUGGAUACGAUGGAGAAACUCUAAGUUUCGAUGCUAACAUGGGAGUCGACGUAGCAACGGUCGCUUACACGUAUUACGCGAAACUUUUGGGCAGUCUGAAAGAGAGUGGAACCGCAAAGGUAACCGCCAGGAAGAUCGACACCACCGUAGGCUUCAGCGCGAACUUGAAGAAUUACACAUUCGCCUUGGAUACUGUCGCGAUCAACAGCAUCGGACAAACCACUGCCCGGCUUAGUGGCAACGUGCUGACUGACUGGAUGGCCAAUGCGGUUAUUAAUAUCGUCAUAGCAGCCGUCAAGAGCACCGCCAUCACCCAGGUCAACAGCGAGAUUAAUUCGGUAUUGACGAACGUCGUCGACGAAGCAAACACCUACGUGACUACACUGCUUUCUUAGAUUCGUACGAAUGAACGUUGUUAAUUGAGACGCUUUACACCGCCGAACUUGUGUGCAAAUUUUUAUGAUGCUGUCAUCUUAAAUACAUCGUCUCUUCCUCUUUCACGAA